UUGUCACGGUACCAAUGGUUUCAAUGAUACCAAUGAUACCAAUGAUACCAAUGAUACCAAUGAUAUCAAUGCCUAGAGGUGCAAAUAUAGAUACGGAACGACUUUAUUAUUGUCGUCUGUCGUCGCACGCUACCGACAAACCUGCACACAGCACACGUACAGCAGGCGGGUCGAUCGAUAUAUCACAUCACAUCCGGAUUGCCUUUGAUGUCCCGGCUCCGGCCGCACGCGCGUGAACGGCGUAAAGGUUGGACGAUGCAGGAGAUAGGCAAUCAGUCAGUAUAGUAGACGGCUCCCGAUCGACCGGGUUGCACGCUCACCAUCCUUCUCAAGAGUAAUAAGAGAAACUGGGCUACUUGCGUCCGCGAUGGCCACGACGGCGUCAACGGAGAAGAUGCAUCAGGACACGGAGGAAGACUUGCCGAAGAAGAAGCUCAUCAACAUGAAUCUUAUAUCGCUCAAGUGUCUUCUGUUCAUCUUUUUCGGAGGUAUCGGCUGUCUCUUCCCGUUUCUUCCGCUGCACAUGACCAAGGUGGGACUGAGCAUCGAAAACAUCAGAUUCGUGUCGAUGAUCUCGCCAGCAGUAGCGAUACUGGGGCCGCUGAUAGCGGGACCGAUCGCCGACAAGCUCGCCAGCCAUCAGAUCACCAAUGAUAAAUCGUCAACCGGUCGUUACCUCCGCGUGAUGAUCGCCGUCGCCUGUAUCUUCUCGGCACUCUUCUACUCGCUGCUGAUGCUGAUUCCCGCGGUGGACCGCACGUUACCAGCCGGAGCAGGUCCGCGCUUCAAGUUCAAUUGCGAUUGGCGCGGUGCGAUGGUACGGCAAGAGAGGUGCAAGGAUCGUUUUGGCUGUCAUCGCUGGGCUGAUUAUGACAGCGGCAUGGGUGCUAUGCUGCUAAAAAAAUGUACCUACGCUUGCUAUCCAACUGGCUGGCGACGGCAUUUGGAACUGACAGCACGUACGACGACAUUCCGAAGCAACGUCGACGUCGAAACCGAUCUUUUCGAUGGCAGUGGCGAGACUACUGUCGCCCCAUUGGAUAAUCCUGAACUCUAUGCGCAGGAGAAUCGUGACGAGACGAAAAAAGCUCGUCGUUACGUCAUGAUCGAAUAUGAGCCGCCACACAUGUGCUACAAGGAUGACAACAAUAACAUCGUCUGUCACGUUUACACAGAGUACUCUGGCACGCUACCAGUAAACGGUAGCCUCGGACAGGCACUGAAUCCCGAAAACGAGGAUGAAUGGUGCGCGUAUCCCGUAGCCGAAUACUUUGCCUGUCGCAUACCACACAAACUAGAAGCCUCCAUGGCCCCAUUUAAUAAGAGUUGCUCCGUAGAAUGCGACCUGGUCGAUCCAUAUACUCUCGCGGGUAGCGUACUGGUGGAAAGCCGAUGCCAACAUACCGGAGUGUGGACGGAAGCAGCGUUUUGGAUGUACCUGUUUGUGCGAUCAGUCGCGGAUAUCUUCCCGACGACCGCUGUCGCUCUGAUCGACGCAGCGGUGGUGAUUGCGACAAGGGAGACGUCGUGUGGUCGCGGCGACGUAGGACGUCAAUUGGCUUUCGGCUCCCUUGGUUUCGCUCUGCUAGGACCACUGACCGGCUAUCUAAGCACUCUGACGAGCAACAUUGGACCGGCUUAUUGGCUACCUCUCGUCCUACACGCCGUAUUGAUGAUCCUCGCGGCCAUCGUUGCUUUGUCGGCGGACGGCAUGCCUCUCAGUCCACCGGAAUGGUGGUGGCACACGAGAAGCGGCAUGCUGGCGUUGCCAAUGAGCGCUGUCAAAAGAUACGGCAGCGAGACCGUCGCCCUAAUCUUUGUUCUGCUAGUCAUGGGAACCUUUUGGAGCGCGAUGGAUAGCUACUUACCUUUGCAUCUACAAAGAUUAGGAGGUGAUGAGCUUUCCAUUGGAGUCGCUAUGACCGUCGGAGCGAUACCUGCGUUCUUGUUCCUCUGGAAGUCUGAACAUCUUGUUGAUUACUGUGGACACAGUAAUCUUCUCAUCACUGCCUUUACGGUGUACAUAAUCAGAUUCACCGGACUGAGUCUCGUAUCUGAUCCUUGGUGGUCUCUCAUCUCGGAAGCUUUAGAAGUAUUCACCUUAGGAAUAAUGUGGGUUACUGCCAUUCUCUAUCUGAGACACUUGGUACCGCGUCAUUUGACCGUGACUGCCCAAGCGUGGCCUGUGAUAGCUCACUUUUGCAUCGGUCGAUGUCUCGGAUCUGUCAUCGGUGCUUAUAUCAAUCUUGGCGAUGAGGACAUCGUACAAUCAUUGAGAUUCGUGUUUCGUUGUAUGGCGGUAGCAGCAGCCAUCGUUGCCAGUCUGUAUUUUGUACUGUAUCAUGGAAUAUUGAAGCCGAGAUGUCAUGCACAUACCAUCCAGGGUCCUCGUCAACCCUCCACAAUCGUGCAAGCUGCCAUAAGGGAUUAUGAAUUGACAAUGAAUGGAAAUGGAAAUUACGCGCCGCUGAGAGUAUACCAUAAUGGAAUGGGCAGAAAGGGUCAAUUUCGAUAUUGAGACGUUAUCUAUACGAACGAAUGAAGAGUUCUAGAAACGACAUUGCAACAAUGAUUCCACAAUGCAACGUAUAUAUGUCAUCAGCGACCAAGUGCUGACCAAGUGUGUGUUUUCAAGUAUUGCGCGUUGCGUCGCAUUUAUCGACAUUUGUUAAUUUAAGUCGACUCGACACUAUUACUGUUUCUGUUUCUUAACGUUAUUAUUUAAAAGAGUUAUUAUCACAAGGAUCACUACUUGCUCAAGUAC